AUGUCAAUUCACGGUGGCACCCGAGGCCUGCCUAGAAGUUUUGCAGCUUCACGCGAGUCGAAGGACUGUCGAAACCCGCCACUGGGGUGCAGCCCGUCAGGGAAGAUCCUCUGGCAACACGAGGCGGAGCACCUCAGCACCCUGGUCACCUCUGCCAACAGACCCCCACCGGACCCCGAGUCGAGUCUUCGACGUCUUCGUCAACUGGCUGACAGCAAACAGCUGACCAUAACACCUGUGAAACUCAUGCUUCGCGAACACAACUCCAGGAGGGAGUUGUUGGUGUCGAAUAUUGCUUCUGGGGAAAUCUGCGAGUGCAUUCCACUGGAGGAUAUUAUAACGCCCAUUUACAAAGAAUCCAACGAUCCCACGGACUCCUACAACAACCUACUCAUGUUCAAUGUGAACGCAUGUCUGAACUCCAGGAAUGGACCUUCACAGCAUGAAAUGCACGUAUUCCAAUGCGUCAGUGCUCCAGCUCAUGAGAUCGUCGACGCCUUGGUGGGUUUCGAAGACACUGCUUCGGAAGGCUCUCACGAACACCAGGAUCUAUACGCCGAGGCCGAAGACGAGGAUUAUGAAAGCAGGAAACCACCCACUUCCAGACACGCUGAAAUACUUGAAAACGGACUUGAUGUUGGUUUGACACCCCAACAGCUGAAGGAAAAGGCCCUCAUUGACGCGGAAAUCCUCUUGCUCAACAUGUGUUUCGACGACAUUGAGAGCUACGUCGGGCAAAUCUACAAACUGCAGCGCGCGCGAUGGCAGAACUCGACCACAGCCUGUCCCAGCGACGACAACGUCUCCGUGUCCGGUGGUGACGCCAAAACCAAGGACAAAAAGGCCAAAAAGAAGCGCCGUUUCAUCUUCAAGAAGCGCUCCACUUCGACCUCGGCCAGGGAUCCCAAAGACGACAUGCCGCGUGUCACCAGUAACACGUCUCUGGCAUCAGAAGUGGAAAUCCCCAUCUCUGACGACGAACUAAUUGACCUCUUUGAGAAAACCAAGUUCUCCAUAAUUCUGCUUUCUCGACUGCAAGGCUACGUGACUGAGCCGAAUCCGCCGCUUCUGACUCACAAGCUCUUCUCAAUGAUGAAGCAACCAAUUGAUUUUAUCCGCGAUCCAAUCAGUGGGAAGCCGGACAUGGCAAAAAAGGUCAUUUCGCCGCUGUUCCCGGAAGCUGCUAUUCGACUUAUCCAGAAUUCGUUGAUUGAACCUGAACUUGGUCUCUGGCGCGAGUUGGGCGACGGCUGGUGCCUUCCCAAGGAACAGUGGAAAGUGGAUGUACCCACCUACAUUCCUCAAUUCAAGUGUGGCUUUAAACCUCAGCCAGAUCAGUAUCAUCAAAGCCUCUUCGACGUUCGACAAGCUAAGGGUAGCGUGGUGGAGGGCAAUAUGCGAUCAAGAACCUCCGCAACCAGGCUGGCUUCGAGUUCAGAUGUGAAGUCGCACAUGGAAUUUCUUCAGUACUUACGGAAGAAGAGUGCAAAGGUUGCGCAAGUGAAGCGGGAUUUCGUCGCCGAGAGUGACCAGGAGAUCUCGCUGAAGCUGGGCGAGUACGUCGAAGUGCUGGACGAUUCGCUUAAAUGGAACCGAGUGCGCAACCGUAGGGGAAAUGAGGGCUACGCUCCCUACACCAUUCUCGAGUACAACUUCGUUUGA